CUGAGUCACAGCGUUUUCCGGGCGUUAGUCAGUUUCGCUCUGUCUGACAGACAAUUCGCACCUCUUCCAUCUGCCUCCCAGUUGCCUCGGUUUGAUUGUUUUUUCCGGUGUAGAAAUGAGCGAUCCCCAAGAGAGUAGAAAUCUCUUCUCCCGAAUCCUGGUGGAUACCAUUACACAAGAUGCCCUGCAACGGAGUGAUGAGGCCCAGGUCAACACGGUUUUCUCGCCCGCAUCCGUGCAAAGUUGCCUCACACUGGCUUUCAUGGGCGCAUCCGGUUCGACGGCAGAGGAGCUAAGGAACGGCCUGCAACUCGGGCCCGGGGAUCGCCAUCACAUAGCCCGCGCCUUCGGGGAGUUCUGGCGGACAAACUGCAACUACGGAGACAAUGGACCCCUGCUGAAGUCCGUCAACCGCCUGUACGUGAACGACUCCCUGGAACUGCAUCCGGAGUUCAACGAAGUAGCCACCGACUUCUUCCAGUCGAAGGCGGAAGCGGCAAGGUUCGCCGACUCGGCGGGCGCUGCGCAGCAGAUCAACUCCUGGGUGGAGCAGGAGACGGAUCACAAGAUCACCAACCUGCUCCAGUCGGAGUGCGUGAACGACGAGACUAGCGCCAUUCUCAUCAACGCACUGUACUUCAAGGGGAAGUGGCUGAAACCCUUUAUGCCGGAGUCCACCAUGUUGGACCUCUUCCAAGUGGACCUGGACUCCACCGUGAAUGUGAACAUGAUGUACCAGGAGGACAAGUUCAAGUACGCCGAUCUUCCAGGGCUUCAGGCCCAGGCGGUGCAGUUGCCCUACGAGAACUCGAACAUCCACAUGCUGAUCCUGCUGCCCAACAGAGUCUGCGGCCUGCAGGAGUUGGAGCUAAAGCUCAAGGACGUUGACUUAGCCGACAUUGACGCGGCCGUGACGCUACAAGAUGUGGAGAUAUUUCUCCCCAGAUUGAGCAUAGAGUAUGAUGUGGAUCUCAAAAAAAUUCUGAAUCAGAUCGGAAUUUCCGAAGUCUUCAGCGACUGCGCCAAACUGGAUGGUCUGUUUACGUCAAAAACUGGCCAGAAGAUCUCGGCGGCAAAGCACCGCGGCUACAUCAAUGUAAACGAGGCUGGGUCGGAAGCGGCAGCCGUCACUUUCAUGAAGAUCGUGCCCAUGAUGCUGAACAUGAACAAGAAGCUCUUCAAGGCGAAUCACCCGUUCGUGUUCUACAUUCGCAGCUCGCAGGCUGUGUUUUUCGCCGGCCGGUUCGUGAACCCAAAGCCUGGACUUGAAGAGGAAGGCUCUUCGAGGCAGAGUUCCAAUGCCAACAUAUACAAUAUCUAAGAUCCGCAGAGAGACCAAAUAAAGUUCAGCUAGGAAAUCCCA